CUUCAUUUUGCCUUCAAAGUCUCUCUCUCUCUCUCUCUCUUUGUCUCUCUCUGGAUUUCGCCAUUGAUCAAUCUUAGCCAUAGCUUCUCCUUCAGCUAAGCGCUCUCCAUUCAUUUCCCUGAUCUCCAUUUCAGUUUCUGUUGAUUUUUCUUCGUUGGUUUUGUAUUUGUCCGCUCCUUUGGUCGAUUGGAUCAGAUUUGGAUCUUGGGCUGUUCUUGGUAUUCAAAAUUUGGGAUUUUGUGGUUGAGGGUUGAGUCUCUAAUGAUCCUGCUAAGGUUUCGUUUCUGGAAAACCUGGUUGUAGCUUCGAUGUGCUUCUCGAUGCCGAUGAGCCGUGUCCGUGUCCUCCACUCGUUCUCGGUCGUGUUCCUGUACUGGUUCUACGUUUUCUCCCUGACUAGCUCUUCGUGCUCAUGACCGUGUUCGUGUUCUUGCCCUGGAUCAAGAAUUUUCACGGAGUUUGUUGAGAUUCCUUUUUGAUAAAUCAGCAAUCUGAGAGCUGGAAGGAGGAAUUUCGCGAUAGUAGUAGUGUUUUUGAAAAAAUAUUACCCCUUUUGAGGAGAGCUUAGGAGAAAAGGAAAUGGCUUCAGCUCAGAGCCGUUCGAGCUCGGGAUCCGAUUCCGACCCGAGGCCGGUGGUGUGCGAGGAAAGGAAGAGGAAGAGGAUGGAGUCAAACCGGGAAUCUGCUCGGAGGUCCCGUCUGAAGAAGCAAAAGCUGCUCGAUGAUCUCUUAGGCCAGGUCUCCCAAUUGAAGAAUGAAAACAGCCAAUUGGUCCAGAGCAUCGAGCAAACAUCUCAGAGGUUUGACGAGGUUGAGUUGAAGAACAAUGUCCUGAGGGCCCAGGUCGUGGAAUUGACUGAACGCUUGGUGUCUUUGAACUCGGUACUUCAGAUCAUGGAGCAAGUCAGCGGGCUUGCAAUCGAUAUUCCUGAGAUACCUGACAUGCUGAUGAAUCCUUGGCAGCUCCCAUGCCCUGUUCAGCAGCCGAUCAUGGCCUCGGUCGACAGAUCUCGGGAAUGAUUCUCCUCAUCACCUAAUAGUCAAUGCUUCCAUAUGUACUUAAAAAAAGAAUCGUACUUCUUGGAUUCUCAUUCCGCACUGAUUGUGAAUCUUGCUGUCUUUCUACUGUUUUGUUCAUAUUUUACCCUUUCCGAGUUAAAAGUUGAUGUUAGAUUGGUAAUGCAAAUAAAAUUUAGCAGAUUUUACUUAUGUCAUUGGACAUGUUCUAUUAAUACAUUCAAUUGUUCUGUUAAUA